UUCACUGUAAAGUCUCUUCUCAGUGUUUCUGCACUGGAGGCUUUAAGUUUUCAACAUCACACUUGUGUAAGUUGAAUGUUGCAUCAGGACCGGCUUUGAAACCGUUCACCAACCAACCACAAACCAUGCGCGUAGGCCCAGUAAAGCCCUUAAAAUUUGAUUUUCAAUGAGCAGAUGAAUGUGAAAACAGCCUUCUAGUGUCAAACUCUGCACAUACAUCAUUGUGCACAGUGAAGCUCAAACAUCAAGCUGAAGGAACAAGAAGAAAAACAUAUUUUUUGAGUGAAAGGGGACUUUAAAGAAUGCAAGAGACUUUGCAGUUUCUGCAAGGAAAGGCGGCAAACCAGGUGGGCAUUUAGAAAAGUUGUGGGUAUAAAAUGUAGCCAUUAAAAUAUAAAAGAAUGACAAUGUACUGAAAUGACCUGAGAACCGUUAAACUGUGUGACUGCACCCAUAGUGACAUCAGACAUAGUGGUCCAGCAAACGGAAAUAGAAAAAAAGCACAACCGAUGACGACUUGACUCCACCUCAUGAUGCCAUUUAGCAACAGAUGAGCAGCAGCAGCAGCGGUACAUGUUCAUUUUGGACAGUCAGAGUCAAGCAUUGCCAUAUCCCCUGGGAGGGGGCCCUGACGGAAUACUGGUGACUGUGUAAUGUUUGUCGGGGUCGCGGUGCCUCCUCUUCCUCUUGCAUCGUAGCUGACCCGGCGGCUUCCUCAUCCAAACCGCGUGUGUUUAUUGCUGUGAGUUUGGUGCGGUGGCUUCGCUAUGGAUGCGCUGUGGAUGGCACCGCUGCUGCUGAUCCCACUCCUGAUGUGGACCAGCAGCACGUUUGUUUUCUAUUUCAAAAAGUGCUUUUACGUCGCCUGGAUGAUGAUGUUGGCGCUGAUUGCGAUUCCUCUGUGUAUACUGAAAAGCGGAGGCAGAGACAUUGAAAACAUGAGGAUUAUCCGCUCCCUGGUUCGUCAUGUGAAGUAUUUCCUGGGUCUUCGAUUUGAAGUGAGCGGUUGGGAGCAUCUGCAGACAGAGGGACCCUACGUCAUCAUCUCCAACCACCAGAGCUCCCUGGACGUUUUAGGCCUGAUGGAGAUCUUACCGGACCGCUGCACCAUGAUCGCCAAGAAAGAGUUGAUCUACGCCGGCACAGUAGGCCUCAUCUGCUGGCUGGGAGGCAUCGUCUUUAUCAACCGAAAGAAGACGAGCGACGCCAAGAGCGUCAUGGCCGACGCCGCCAAAACCAUGUUGGACGACCAGAUUCGUCUGUGGGUGUUCCCAGAGGGGACGCGAAACCAGAAAGGCGACCUGCUGCCCUUCAAAAAAGGCGCAUUCCACCUGGCAGUGCAGGCACAAGCACCCAUCAUACCCGUCGUUUUUUCCUCCUACAGCAACUUCUACCUACGGAAACAAAAGCAGUUCAAAUCGGGGACCAUCAGAUUGAAGAUCCUUCCAAAGAUCGAGACAAAGGGGAUGACGUCAGAGGACGUGUCAUCCCUCUCUGACAAAUCCUUCAAUGUGAUGCGCUCAGCCUUCCUGGACAUCUCUGACUCCAUAACCCGUAGCAACGGGCCCCUGAGGCACUGAACAUUUACCAUACUCCCGCCUCUUUUUUCUCCUAUGUCCCUGUCUGAGACCCACUCCUUCCCCAGACCUCCCUGCUCCUCCCAGGUUGUCCCAUCACCUGGCCAGGAAACAACAUGACACAGGUCUCUUGUCAUGAAUCCUCUUCUUGUCUAGUUGACGCCUGGUCCAGUCUGCCUCUGGCCUGACCAUACAGCACAGUCAGUCCCGACCCUCACCGUGUCUGCAGCAGCACCCGGCAGCAGCGCUGCUCUGCACGCCGUGAGCGGAGUGACGGACGGCAAGCCGAACAGUAUGGAUGUGUGUCGUUCUUCAUGCAUGCCUUUUUUGGAUGGCUCUGUCCACCUUCAUCCUCGCUUUGUUCUCUCGGCUUCGGAAGCCUGACUUUGUUAUCGUCACACUUUAUCGCCAUUUUGUACUUUUUUUGACCUUUUUUUUAUUUUAUUUUAUUUUAUUUUUUUCUCCUGCUUCUGCCUUCUGUUCAGCAUAUAAAUCUCGGCAUUUUUUCGCUUUUCUGUUCAUAAAUGUCACUGGAUUUUUAUGUUCCUCUCAUGCUGCCUUUUUGUUUAGUUGUUUUGGACGCUCACGUACGCACACAGACAUACACACAAACACGAGCGCGCGCGCACACACACACACACACACACACAAAAAGUAUCCCAUCUCCUUCCUUUCCUUUUAGUAUGUUCUCCCCCCUCUCUGCAUUCCAGUCUCUUGCCUAAAGACAAAAGGAGCGGGGUCUCCACGAGCGGCGGGGUGUGCGCUGAGGUGAGAGGUCGACACCGGUCGACCUUGGACUUCUUUAGUUCUGUUGCUAUGAAUUCAACUCUAUAUCCACGUUGGCUCUAUAACUCUAUGACCAAUAGCUCCAUGACAUACUUCACAUGAUGUCAGACAGCAAGGAAUUCAAGGUUACAAGACACAGUGUAUAACAAUAGCACCCAUCUGUACUGAAUUAAUGGACUUAAGUGGACUGAUCGGUUUUCAAUGUUGUGCAUUGUUGAUGUAUCAUUGUGCUUUCUUUCAGUUUGUCCUCCCAAAACAUUAGAAAUAACCUGCGUGCAGCAUCGAGCAAGUGUCUUCUCGCUGUAUUCUGUAUUUUUGCUCUCUAUUUAUUCCACACCGGAUAAUCUUGUUUUCUGUUGUUUGUUUGUUUGUUUUUUUUUGUUUUUUUAAAAAGCGAUCACACGUUUUCACUCCUCGGGAGGAACUCACAAGUGAACCUAUUUAAGAUGUGUCAAAAAAAAAGAUGAUUUCAUAAAGUGCAAUGUCCAACUGUUUUCACAUUACUGUUCCAAAGUGCAAGCUACCUGCCGUGCCAUGACGAAGUGAUUUUUUUUUUUUUUUUGGGGAAGCUUCCAGCGUAAGCCCGUUAUUAUCUCACUAUGAUCUACGUUAUAAGUAUUUCUACUCACUGAUUUCCCUUUACCGUUGAUGAAAGGUAGUUCUUACUGUAGAGAGGACUGUGGAAUGGUCUCUAGCGUCGUUCGACUGAUUUUUAUUUGUUCUGGUUAACUUAAAGAUUUAUAAAUUACUAACAAACCUGGCGAGUCUACAUCUCAGAAGAGUUUAAUGACUUAAAACAUGUUUUGUUGAUUGGCAACGUGAAGAGUCGUCGAAAGCGAAACGAACGUGAUUAACGUUGUUUUUAAGUUGUGAUGUUCUGAUUCAUUUAACCUCAUGGAAGAAUAUUUGAUUAUUUAAAAAAAAAAGUUGUGGAAAUUUUUUGGCCUUAAGUCUGACUGGUGGUCGUUGCACUUUGGAUGCUUUUGUUAGAUUUACGUUUUCUAUGUACUGACUAUGACUUCUAACCGUAUAGAACCGACUGAGCUGUUUUUUUUUUAGUUUACAUCUAGGUCUUACAUUUCAUAUUGCUCACUGCCUUUACACUGUUUGCAAAAUCACUUAUUGCGCUGCUUUCGCCCAUCAAACACUCAUCUGAGAAUGUAUUUCAGCAUUCAGGAUAUUUGCGUACCGCUAGUUGCAUCUUUUUUUUUUAUUUCUUUUGAAGUUAUUGUAUUAACGUGGGAUGUUGUCUCGGCAUACAGUCAGUAUCAAAUCUAGGAAAUGUAUUUAUUUGAUCAUUAAAUGUUUAAAAAUUUAUACCUAGACUGACCUGUUGCGCGCACACACAGACCUUCUGAGGAGAUGAUCUCGUGAAUGGAUUCAUCAAUAUACUUGGUACUAAGCCUGUACACUGCUGUUCAUAGUGCAGCGGUAGUUUUAGCAAUACCUGCUGGGCUCUGGGCUUUAAAGUACAUGUGAUGGUCAGGGUUACAUUUAUGUUCAAGGCCAGUAUGGAAUAUUUACCCCUACUAAUAGUAAUUAAUCAAAUUCUGUAAUUUGUUUUUCUUAGAUUGAAUAUAUUUAUUGACUUUUUUCUUAU